AAAAAACUUCACAAACAUUUUCCAACAUCGCUGUGCAUAAAAACCAUAUAGUACACAUAAUACAUUACGUACAUCGCCGUCUCUAUAAACGGUCGGAAAAUGGAAAACGUUGCCGUCUAUGUCGGCUUAGCCACGGCGGUGAUAUCGGCUUACGCUAUUUGGUUCUAUCUUCUUUCUCGGCGACUCACCGGUCCCAAGGUGUUUCCUUUGGUCGGAAGCUUACCGUUUCUGAUGGCAAACCGGGGUCGAAUCCACGAUUGGAUCGCCGAAAAUCUCCAUGCGGCCGGUGGUACGUACCAAACUUGCACCAUCAUGAUACCGAUCGUGGCCAAGAAACAAGGGUUUUACACCGUAACGUGCCAUCCGAAGAAUCUGGAACAUAUCCUCCGGACAAGGUUCGACAACUACCCGAAAGGUCCCAUGUGGCGGACCGCGUUCCACGAUCUGUUAGGACAAGGCAUUUUCAACAGUGACGGCGAGACGUGGCUCAUGCAACGUAAGACGGCGGCUUUGGAGUUCACGACGAGGACGCUGAGACAAGCCAUGGCUCGGUGGGUGAACCGGGCGAUCAAGAACCGGCUUUGGCUGAUCUUGGACCGGGCGGUUAGAGAAUCCAAGCCGGUCGACCUUCAGGACUUGUUCCUAAGGUUGACAUUCGAUAACAUCUGCGGUCUGACUUUCGGUAAAGACCCGGAGACGCUGUCGCCGGAGCUGCCAGAGAAUCCUUUCGCGGUUGCGUUCGACACGGCGACCGAGGCCACGCUCCAGCGGUUUCUUUACCCUGGUUUCUUGUGGAGGGUCCAGAAAAUUUUAGGGAUAGGAUCGGAGAAAAGACUGGAGAAGAGCCUACAAGUGGUGGAAGAUUACAUGAACGAAGCCAUCGAUGCUCGGAAGAAUUCUCCGUCCGAUGAUCUUCUGUCUCGGUUCCUGAAAAAGAGAGACGUGGACGGGAAAUUUCUGCCGAUCGACGUUCUCCAACGCAUAGCACUCAACUUCGUGCUGGCGGGACGAGACACGUCAUCGGUCGCUUUGAGUUGGUUCUUUUGGCUCGUCAUGGACCAUCCAGAGGUCGAGAACAAAAUCCUGAAGGAGAUAUCGAUGGUUCUGAGAGAGACACGUGGCGAUGACCCAACUAAGUGGACGGAGGAGCCGUUGAUGUUCGACGAGGCUGACCGGCUCGUCUACCUGAAGGCUGCCUUGGCUGAAACGCUGCGUUUAUACCCUUCUGUGCCUCAGGACUUCAAAUACGUGGUGGAGGACGAUGUAUUGCCGGACGGGACGUACGUGCCGAGAGGGUCAACGGUGACGUACUCCAUCUACUCCAUCGGACGAAUGAAAUCCAUUUGGGGCGACGACUGCCUCCAGUUCCGACCGGACCGCUGGCUGUCGGCCGAGGGAGACCGGUUCGAACCGCCCAAGGACGGGUACAAGUUCGUGGCCUUCAACGCGGGACCGAGGACCUGCUUGGGCAAGGACCUAGCAUACCUCCAGAUGAAGUCCGUGGCGUCGGCCGUCCUCCUCCGUUACCGGCUCUCCCCGGUUCCCGGUCACCGAGUCCAGCAGAAGAUGUCACUCACUCUCUUCAUGCAGAACGGGUUACGUGUCCUCAUGCAACCUCGUCCCCGUGAGCAGCUGCUUGCGUAAAACCACGAGGGUGGUGGGGAUAUAUAUGUCAUUUCAGUUUCUGUUUAAUUAUCAUAAUUAAGCAAAUGCCUUGUUUCCUUCGCCUACAUACAUAUAUAACAUUGUCAUAUGUGUAUAUCGUAUGGUUGUCACUUUUGUUUGUUCGAGUUUGUUGAACUCUUCUGAGUGAAAAAUUUCCUCUUCAUCAUU